GAACCCCAACAAGUACCAGGGAAGAAAAAUAUCUUGUAGGAAUCCAAUUCGAAAAUACACAAAGUUGUCCUUUUUAGUUUUUUGAUAAUUAAUCCUUAGAAAAAUUCAAGAAGUGGCAUUUUUUAGUGUAAGUACCUCACUUGUAGACCUUACCACCGACUCACUACUUAACAAAAAACCCCAUUUCAUAAAAAAUAAAAUAAAAUAAACUGCCCCUUUAAUUGCUAGUUGUUCAGUUUCUUUGUUAGGAGACACUUGUUAGUUGCUACUACUGUAAUUUGAUUGAAGCAGAAGUCAGAUAUGAACUGAAGGGUAGCUGUUGAUUUGAAGAAAAGUUGAGAGCUUUAAGAUUCUUGGAAUGGAAACACAGGAUAUAUCAGAAACCCUAGUGGAAGGUUCUGUGGAUUACAAGCCAGCUGUUAGUCAAAUCCCAGAUGGUAAAACCCUAGAAGAGGGCUCUGUCCUGUUUGGCUUAAGUGGGAGUUUGGUUGGUUCUAAUGUGGUGACAAAGGUUCCAUCAAGUGAAUGUUAUGGUGAUGGUGGUGUAAGUGCUAACGUGCAGAAGAGUAAAGCAAAUGAAGCAAACGGGGAUGAUGGUACUGAGUUAGUGGGGGUUGGGUUUGAGCCGAAGUUAGUGGAUGAAUGUGAUAACAUUGAUUUGGAGGGGGUUACGGGUGAGGAGGAGAAAGCAAAUGUGGAUGAUAAUAAUGAUUUAGAGGGUGUUGAUACUGAACAGAAGCUAAUGGAUGGGCAGGGGGCUGUUGAGAGUGAGAAUAAGCUUGCAAAUAUAGACGGAGAUUAUAAUGAUCUAGAGGUAGUUGAGAUUGAGAACAAGUUUGGAGAUGUGGACGAUGGUAUUGAUUUAGAGGCACUUGGCCUGGGGAACGAGGCUGUUAGUUUUGAAAAUCUGAUGGAAGGAGGGACAUUGAAACACGAAACUCAAGCAUUGGGGUCAAUAAUUCCAGAAACUAACAAAAUAAAUGAUGGUGAUGUCCUGGCUGCGGAAUUCGGUGGUGAAAUUAAUGAGUCUCAGAAUAAUGGGGUUGAGAAAAUUGGUAUGGCCGAGGUUGUGGAAGCGAUUGACAUGACAGUUGAUCCUCCGAGAAAGGUUGAAGUUUCUGGAGAUGGUAUUACUCUGACAGUGGAUGUAUUUGGUCCAUUGGAUGGAAUGUUGGAUGAUAGUGAUCCAGAUUGGAUGCCUUCCAUGAAAAAUUACAGCUCUAUGGGCGCCAAUGGGAUUAAAGCAGAAGGAGAUGUCGGUGAUAAUCAAGAACACAAUUUUACUGUGGGUGACUUAGUAUGGGUAAAAAUCAAGGCCGACUUGUGGUGGCCGGGAAUGAUUUGUGAUCCGCAUCAAUCGAAAGAUGCUGGGAAGCGUGAUCAAAGGCGCGGUUUCUUUGUUAAGCAUUUUGGUAACACUAAUUCUGUUUGGUGCCAGCCAUUCCAAUUAAAACCCUUUAUAGAGUAUUUUGAAUUGAUGUCUUGCCUGAACAAAUCUGGAAGCUUUUGUGGUGCAAUAGAGAAGGCUUUGGGCGAGUUUGGUAGGCUUGUAAAACAGAAGAUGACGUGUUCUUGUUUUUCAAAAGAACAUCAAGUUGCUGCUCAAAAUUUUCCAUCAAAGGAAGACGGAAGUGGUGGUAGUGUUUUUUUGCCAUCUCAAUUUGAGCCUUCAGAGUUUCUUAAUUUCAUUAGGUUACGUGCCUUGGGUGUUCGUAGCCCAGGUCGUAUUGAGUUUACAGUGACUGAGAGUUGCCUAGUGGCCUUUUACAGUUCAAUAGGCCAUAAGCAAUUGCCUCUGUAUAAACUCAGGCCAACGAAUAAUGUCAAAGACAGUGCUGUCAAUGAUCUGAUAUCAGGAAGCAAGGACGAAGAUCUGGACAAGCUUUCUGGCGAUGGUAGUGUCCUUAAGAGCUGCAGAAGUGGUUUUGAUGAUUGUAGAAUGACUGAGGUGGUGCCGUCUGGCUUGUUUGAAUCUCCUAGAGGAAUGGGGAGCAUGAUAUCCCGUUCACAGAUUGCAAAUGAAGAUGCCGGCGGAAAAUCUGAAAAAGGUUUUGAGUCGAGAGAACGGAAGAAGAGCAAGUACCUAUCAUAUCCUUAUGUAAACAGUUGGGGUCGUAAGAAUUCACUUGGCCAGGGAGAAGAUGAAACUGAAGAUUUUGAGGAAGAUUCUCUUGGAGGAGUAAAGAGAUCAUCCAGUCCAUCCAUGGUCUCCACUCCAAUUGGUAACUCCAUUAACAAGAACCCUCUAAGGAAAGUAAGGAAAUCAGUUAUUGGCAAUAAUGGAAUUUGCAAUAAUGCAGAUUUCGCUGCUGUCUCUUCGGCAGAAAUGCUCCAAGAACUCCAUCUGACUGCUAUUGAUUGUUUCUUUCCUAUUCAAAGCACGUGUUCCAUUCUAAUGCAGGAUUUUUUCUUGAGUUUUAGAUCAUACAGAGAUCCCCAAGUUCAGAUGGACGAAGAUAAGGAAGCUACUUUAGGGUGUCAGGAAACUUUCGAGUCUCAUAAUAUUUUGGCCUCCGGAGGGUAUGAUCUGCAAGUAGAAGGACAGCCUCCUCCGAGUGUUCUCCCCAAGAAGAGAGGUAGAAAGAAAAGUGAAGAUAUAAAAGCUACUGCAGAUGGUACCGGUAUGAAUGGCCCUGCCCUUGUUGGUUCUGUAGAGACAGGUCCCGAUACACUAAAAAAAGGAAUAGUUCACAGAAAGAGGAAGAAGGCGGCAACUGCACCUGUUACUCAUAAUGAGAUUGGGGUAUUGGGUGGACUACCAGACUUGAAUGGAAAUAAUGCGGGCUUGUCAGUUGAAAAUAUGCAGGUUAUAGGUCCGGCCCCUACUCAAGGUAAACUCGAACCUAAAAGGAGGGGAAAAAAGAAGGAAGAGUUGGUUUCUGAGAAUGUGCCGGAUGUGAGUAAAAGCACCACCCAGUUUAUUCCGCUGCUGAAAAGUGUGGAAGUCACCGGCUCGUUUCCCUUUGAAGGUAGUCCUCAACCAGAUAACAUGUGGGGGCUACAGGGGGCCUCUUCCCUCCCGAAUGCUGCACUUUUAACUGGACAACCAAAUGCCUAUGAAAUUCAUGCUGCAGGUAGCUCAUUACUAAAUAAUUCACAGAACGAGGGUCUGGUUUUGUCUGCGAAAGCUGAAGGCAAGAAAAGGAAAAGGAAGGAGAAAGCAUCAAAUAUUCAGAAUAACUCUUCAGCUCUACCGGAUUUGAAUGGACAGGUCAUGGAUCCGAACUUGAAGGGAAAGGAGUUUGCAGAAUUGAGUUCAGUCACAGGUCAAGAUAAACCCAAGCGUAAAAGGAGGAGAGCUAAUAAAUCUGCUGCCAUUGGGAUACCCAAUGCUAAUGGAGAUCACAACACACUUCUGCUAAACUUUGCAUUGGGUCCAGUGCCUUCCAAAGAGUAUAUCGCUGCUAGCUUUUCCAAGUUUGGUCCAUUAGAGGAAUCCAAAACUCAGUACCUAAAUGAUUCCACUGCCCAGGUUGUCUUUGUAAAGGCUGGUGAUGCUAUGGAAGCCUUGCAGAGUUUACAAAGCAGAAACCCGUUUGGACCUUCCCUUGUCAGUUAUCGUCUCCGUCAGGUCUCAACUUCUAAUAACAUGCAGACGUCACAUUCUUUUCUGCCCGCGGAUGCACUCCAACCUGGAGCAGUACCUUCAAAUGGUGAGGAACCUAAUCUUGUCGUCAUAAAACAGAAUCUGGAGGCAAUGACAACAAUGCUUGAGAAGGCUGGUGAUAACAUCUCCCCUGAGAUGAGAGCCAAGUUGGAAAGCGAGGUGAAAGGCUUCUUGAAAAAGGUAAGCACCAUGGUUGGCCCUUCUUCAUCGUAGCCGAUAAUAAAUGUUGUAGUUUCGUAGUUGACAUUUUAACUGUGUAUCCAAUUAAUUAAGAUACUUAUGUGAGGCUAGUGGCUGUUGUUGAGACCGCCAUGUUUUAUUAUUUUCAGUAGAACUGCUGGACCUGUUUCCUUUA